GCGGGGCCGGGCUCUGGGGGGCUCUGGGUAACCCCGCCCCGCCAGGCGGGAGGAAUCGAAUCGUCGGCCGCCGUGCGCGGGAAGUUUGAAAGGGGCGGCCAUGGAGCCGCUGCCGCUGCAGGAGAAGGGCGAGGGGGUGUCGAAGGUGGACGUUGACUUGCUACUUCGGCUGAGGGACCAGAUGAAGCAGCAGUUCAAGGAGUGCAGCGCUGCCGUCGGUGCCACCAGUCAAGAAACUGACCUUUUUCACAUCACUGAGGAAGGCAGUGCUACACAAGGUCUGGCAAGAUUUUGGCAAGAUUUUCCUUCACAGAAGAUUUUGGGAAAGGAUGUCGAGGCAAAAAGAAUCUCUUUCCAGAACAAGACAUUAGCAUUGCAAAGGAUCCAAGUUGCACUUGCCCUGAAAAACAAAUUGAAGGAAAAUGAUAAUGACUCACGACUGAUCAUGAAAAUGAUGGAAGACACAGUAAGGCUCAGCAAGGCAGUGGCUGAAUGUCAGCAGCAAGUACGUGAGAAGGAACAGAAAUUGAAUGACAUUAAAAGGAAAAGACUCUCACUAAAAAAAGUGGAAGGGAAGAAGCUACAGCAGAUCCGUACCAUGAUGGAAGAACAAAAGGAGAAACAAGCAAAUAUGAAAGUCAGCAAAAAACUGGAGGAGAAACGUAAACGCUUACAAAAGGAGAUACAGUUGACUACAGUAAUUCAAAACAUAUUCCAGAGUAUCAUAUUUGGAAGCGGAGUUAACUGGGCAGAAGAUCCAUCUUUAAAGGAAGUUGUUCUAAAGCUUGAAAAAAAUGUCUGUUUUCUGUGAGUCGGGAGAAACGGUGUUUAAUUUUAUACAUAACUAAACUUAAUAGCCACAUAACUCUUUGAAGUGAGAUCUAAUUCCUGGUACACAGCAAGUGUUUGGGCAGGCAAUGUAGCUGAUGAAACAACCUAGCUUGAGCUCUCAUUUCAUUCUGGAAGGCAGCAAUAACACAAGAAAUAAGAAUACUUUUUUUAUAUUUCAAGUUUUUGUGUAAAAGUGGGCUUAUGCCACAGCUGUGCCGUUCCUGCCCUGUUCCCCUGGGCACCAGCAGGCUGCAGAGCUCUGACCAGCGGGAUGCGUGACCCUGCCCUGCCGCUGUGGAAAGCCCAAACUUAAAAACUUAGUUGAGUCAGUCUUGGGUUUUUACGUUGUUUGUUUGGGGUUUUUUUGGGGGGGUGUUUCCCAAUUUUAACAUUAUGUAUGACGUUAAGCACCAAAAAGUUCAUCCUUUUAAUUGUAAGAGUCAUUUGUGGCUGUGCUAUGUGCUGAUGCAUUAAGGAGGGAGCUCCCAGCAGUGGGGUGCGGCCUGCAGAGGGCAUCCCACCUAGCAAAGUAGCAGCCUGAGGGAAAACGCAGGUGAGGUGACUUCAUGCUAGCGACACCCUUCAGCCGAAGCAGCGCUUUAAAUGUGUUUUUUAACGGACCAUCAUCGCACGUUUGGUUCGUAUGUUAAGAAUAUGGUAACUUUUAACCCUGCUAAGCGAACAGCAGCUUUUAGCGUGUUGGUUGUGUUUGCUUGUUUGUUUGUUUUAAUCCAAUAAAAAUCGACUGCCGGCUUUGGUGUGGGGGUCGGUCUGUCGUCGUGCUUG